GUAAACAUAAACAUUGAAGAUUACUUCAAGACAAGAGGAACCGCACAUUUAGCACUUCUAUCAAAUUUUACAUGAUUUCCUAUUGAUAUAGAAAAUUCGAAGACAUCUUUCCUAAGUCAAAUGACAGGGUAGCAGACAGAAUGGCACGAUAUUUGGACCCCAGUAAAGACGAGAAACAACUUUCGAAAAUUGAGUUUCUAUCUCAGUUUUGCGAAGACGAAGAGCUUUUCCUUGGCAAGAGAGAGGUGUCAUAUGCAGCGCUGACACUGGGUCUGAAGGCAAAUACUAAUGCCAUUGGUAAUUGUGCCAUGGUUGCAACUUCAGCUAUGUCUUCAUAUGUAAAUUGCUGCGAAGAACAGUCAAUACUAAAGGAAAUGAUAGACUCCUUAGAAGGAAAAUCUGACUAUGAAUUCUUCCAUAAUAUGCGUGUUACCAAAAAGACAUUUGAUUACAUACUGACAAUUAUUAAGGAGCAGUACACAGCUGUUUAUCGAGGAGGUUUUGUACCACUUGAUCCAAAAAGUGCCUUGUGUAUUUGUCUAUGGUAUUUAGGUAGCAAGUCUACAUAUAAGAUUAUAGGAGAAAUCUUUGGAAUUGCACCCUCAACAGUAUUUGAAUGUGUCCAGAAAGUUGUAAAUAUUCUUGGUAAAUCUACAGACAUAUUCAUUAAAUGGCCAAGGGAUGAAGAGAUUACAGAAAAAGAAGAAGAAUUUAGAUCUAUAGCAGGUAUCCCUGGUGUUAUUGGUGCAAUUGGAAAAUGUCAUAUAGAAAUUAGAAACCCAAGUGAUGCACACCCUAAAUACAUGAACAAAGCAUCAACUCAUAGCUUGUUGUUGGUGGCAGUUUGUGAUGUGAACAAAAAAUUCAUGUAUAUGCAUGCAGGAAUACCUGGAUCAACACCUGAGGAAGAUAUAUUUAAAUCAGUUAGUUUGUAUGAUCAAAUAAUUGAAGAACCUCACUUAUUGUUCCCGUCAAUGCAUUAUCAUCUUGUUGGAGAUCCUGCUUUUGGGCUUUCAAAAUAUCUGUUAGUUCCAUUUACUAGCAAGGAGAACUUGACUGUGAUGGAGGAAAGCUAUAAUGCAAAACUGGUAAAGACUUUGUAUGUCAUUGAGAAUGCCUUUUAUUUUCUUAAAGAACGUUUCCCACGGUUGAAAUAUGUAGAUUCAGAUGUUAAAAGAAUUCCGCAAGUUAUUAAAGCAUGCUGUGUGUUACAUAAUAUAACUGCUGAUAUUCCGGAAGAAGAGGCAUUCUUGUUAAAUGAAAACUCUAUUGACCCUCUUAAUUAUCCAGAAGUAAUCCAAAUGGAGGCUGAUUUUCCCAUAGAUACAGAAGGAUAUGGUAAAAGAGAUAUGAUAGUCAAUAUGUUAUAGGUCAGUGGCUCCCAGCUUGUGAUUGCUGGACCCCCAGUAGGUCUGUGUACAGAUUCAGGAGGUCAUUAGUUUGUUUAAAAGUUCUAUAGCCUUCAGGGUAAAAUGGAUAAUUGUUGACAAAAAGGAUACUAGAUAUGAACUUUGAACAUUUUCUAUUGUUUUUAUUAUGUCAUUUAUUUACUUGCCUAACAAGUUACUUUAUUCUUGUUUAAUCCACAGGUCAUGGAUUGCUUGGACAGUGCUAUGUACACUAUAAUUUGAGCUUGUUCAUUGAGUUUACAUGCAAACAGCUUCACAUAUGUAUAGUUACCAUGGAGUCAAUUAUCAUUCCUAUCUUACUUUUUCCUUGAUUUUCAGCAAGAUUCUUGAUUAUUAUUUAUUAAUUUUAUUGUCAUUAGUACAUUAUAUUAAUCAUAAUGUCAAUAAUAAUAAUAAAACUAUCAAAAUCAUUGAGAAAAAAAUAAAUUUUCCCACAAAUUUUGCGAGCUGAGCACUUGUGGAGCCAUCUUUGUUAAACGAAUUUCAAGUUUAGUUUGUCAUUAGUUAAUAAAAUUUACUUCCUGAGUAGAGAAACACUCCCAAAUCUUAGGGUCUAAAGGAAAUUUGAUCAAAUGAAAAGUAUUGUCAAUUGCAAAAUUGUUAGGAAUCACUGCUUUACAAGGGUUAAUUUCCAGUUUUGUGAUGAUUGUGAUUCAGAUAAUAGGAAAAUAUAAAAGUAAAUGAAAUUUGUAUAUUGAAUAAUGUCUGCAUACAAAAUUUUCUUUCUUCUAUACAAUAUCUUCCACACUACUUAAAUGUAUAUAUAUAUAUGUGUGUGUGUGUGUGUGUGUGUG